AUGACUCUCUCUUUAUUGGUUUGCUUUUUAGCUUAAGUCACAAUUUUACAAGCAACGUCCUUUUUAUGUGAAUGUGUUCAUAUAAUUCAAAAGGAAGCUUGCGACAAUUCUGCCAAAUGCUUUUGGAAUUAAAGUGAAGAAAAGUGUUUAUAAGCCCCUGAUUAUUCAACUCAGAAUCUAAUCACGUCACACUGUGCUCAAUUUGCAGAGGAAGAUUGCAUAUAAGAGAACAGUUGUGCAUUUUAUUUGGGAAAAUGUAUAGAAUUUUUGAGUUGUGAAAAUUUUAUGCAAGAAAAAUGUGAUUAAUCUUCAUUGUAGUGUAUUUCUGAUGGCAAUAAAUGUAUGUAAAAGGGAUUAUGUUCCGAUUAUUUAACUUAGAUAGCUUGUUUAAAGCUUAAUUCAAUGGGGAAAUAUUGUAAAUGGGUGAGACGGGAUGAUUAGUAUUUUUGUGAAGAUGUAUAGGAAUGUAAUGAACUUCCUAUUCACUUAAAUGUGGAUAGGGAUUGUAGAAAAUAGAUGGAGAAAUGUACAAUUUCAUUAAAAGGGGGUUGUGAGAUUUCAAAAUAAUUCUGCAAUUAAUAUACGUAAAAAGAAUAAUGCUAUUUUAAUUUGUAUUAGACUGAGUGUUUUUGGGAUGGCAAUUUGAAUAAAUGCAUAGAGAAUAUUUGUAUAAACAGAUAAUCUUCAAUUUUUGAGGAAUGCUAAAAGAUUGAUCCUGAUUGCACAACAGAUGGAUAUAGAUGUAUUAAGAAAUUAGAAUGCUAAUAAUAUGACAAUUCAUAUUCUUGUGUUGAGGAUUCAAAAGGAAAUAAAUGUAUAUUUUAUAAGGGAAAAUGCUUAUAAAAGAAUUGUCAAAGUGCUCCGAGUUUCAUUAACACCAUGAUUGAAUGUUCGACAUUUCAAAGUAAUGAUGUCAUUUGUGUUCCCAAAUUGAAGGGAGGAUGUUAAGAAACUCCUUAGUAAUGUGAUUAAUUAGAAACAGAAGAUUCGUGUAAUUCUAUUAAGGAAUUGGAAGGCAAAUAGUGUUUUUGGUAAAUUUAAUAAAAUGUUUGUAAAAUUAAAUAAUGUACUGAUGCCCCUUUGCAAUACAGUCAUAUAGAUUGCAUAGGUUGGCUAGAUGAUUAUGCAUGUAUAGGAGGGUUAAGGAAUGGUUGUAUUGAGAAUGUUGACGAUUGUUCAAAGAUCUAAAAUCUUAAGAGUUGUGUAAAAGACAAACUGAAUAGAAAAUGCAUGAUUGAGAAUGGAAAAUGUAUGGAAGAAAUUUGCUAGAAUUUAUAGUUUCCAUUUUAUUAGACAAUAUUCGAUUGUGAGAAUAAAUUAUCAAUUUGUACUUUUAGUAUUUACAAUAAAACAUGUAUUAAUAAGGAAUGUCCUCAUUUAGAGGAAACACAAUGCAACUUUGAUUCUACUUUUAAUAAAUGUAUCUAAUUAACUGGGUGUAUGCAUAAGAAAUGUGAAUCUGCUUCUGUUUAUUUUGUAACUCAUGAAGAAUGUGAAAAUUGGGAUGUUAGAUGCACAAUAAAUGCGGGGAAAAUAAAUGGAGUUCCAUAUCGAAAUGGAUGUAUAACCAAAGAUUUCGAUUGCACAUAUUUCAAAUAUCAAAUAUAAUGUGUAAAUACAAUAUAAGGAAUUCCUUGUUAUUGGAAUUCUCAAGGGAACUAUUGUGAAUUUCAAAAUUGCAAAAAUGCUCCUUCAACUUUUUAAACAGUUGCAUAAUGCCAAAAAUGGGUUCAAUAUCAUGAUCUUAGAUGUAUCCCUAAGGAGAAUGGAGGAUGCAUUCAAUAACACUAAAAUUGUUAGGGUCUAAGUGAUAGAGUUUAAUGUUUAAUUGGUUCAUAGUAAGGAUUAUGCUAUUGGAAUGUUGCAAUCAAAUAAUGUUAAGAUCGCACGUGUGAAAAUGCCAGCAAUGUUACUUCGAAUGUAUUAUGUAAAAUGUGGCUGUCCUCCUGCAUUUUCAAACCGCCUAAUUUAUGCUAAAUAGAUAAUACUGCUUAUACUCUAUGCAGAGAUACUCCAAGAGAUAUGAAAUUUACAUCUCAUGAAGAAUGUUAAGCAUGGAAUCCUAAAUGCACACUUAAAAAAGGAUUAGCUUGUUUUAGUGAAGAUUCCUGUACAAAUUAUACUAGUGAAAAUGAAUGUAAGCACAAAUAAAAGACAAACAAUUGUUAAUGGAAUGCUGCUCCACUUACUUGUACACAAAAAUCCUGUUCUAUCUAAUCUAGUGAAUAGUAGUGCAAAGAUUAUUCUCCAUCUUGUACACAUAAUAGUACCACCACAGUUACUAAUACUUUAGUAACUGUAUAGCACGUCUGCAUUUAAAGAUAAAUUACAUGCAAUUCAAUUACAGAAAAUAAAAUAUGUCAAAAUAAUUCUCUUAAUGAAAAAUGCAAAUGGGAUAAUUCGCGCUGCUCAGCUACCCCUUGUAGUAGUUCUGUGGUAAAUUUGAAUUAAAUGAUAUGUUCAGCUGCUUAAUUUAAUUGUAUUUAUAAUAGUAACACCUCAAAUUGUGAGAUGUUAGAGCCAUAUUGUAAUUCUAUAUCUGAUAAAUCAUAUACAGGUUGCUAAAGUAGCCAAUAAUAAUGUAUUCUAGACGAACCUUCCUAAAGUUGUAUUUUAAUCAAACAUUGUUCAGACACUACAACAUAUUAUACAUACGAUUGUCACCAAAUUUAUGAUUAUUGUUAAAGAAAGGAUUUUACAUCUGGUUGUUAAUUUCUAGCCCCUAAUUGUUCAGAUUAUAAAAUCCAAGAGAAUUGCAAAAUAAAUUAUAAAAAAGAGCAAUGUUAUUGGAGCCCUUCUUAAAGCAAAUGUAUAGACUUCUCUUGUUAGCUUAUAGAAGAGACAUUAACUACUCAUACUGAGUGUUAAUAGUUAAAUUCAAAUUGCACUUUAAAUUAUGAUUCCACACAUAGUUGUAUGGAUUUGGAUCGGUGUUAUAACUAUUAGAAAAAAGAAUAGUGCUAUUUGGAUGUCAAUAAACAACAAUGCAGUUGGAUCAAUAAUAAUUGUAUUUUGGAAAAUUGUAGGAAAGCUCCAAAGGGUAUUUACACUUUGUAGCAAUGCUAAGAGUAAUUUGGUAUAAUAUGCACAAUAAAUGAAGAUCGAUCUGGAUGUAUCAAUAAAUUGGAGAAUUGUUCUUAAUACAAUAAAUUCUAAUGUUUGACUCCAAAUCAAACCAAUAAAUCUGAAGUAGCAUGUUUUUGGGAUCAAAUUAGUGGUGAUUGUAAAGAAGUUUUAUGUCACAACGCUAAUCAAUUGACAAAAUAAUUGAUUGAAUGUGAAUAAUUUAAUCACAACUGUUAAACAAAAGUAUGCAAAUUAUCAUUAUGCGAUGAUUACAAAUAUGAUCUAGAUAUUACUUGUUCAUUAGCCUUGAAAAAUCAUAAGUGUACAACCGAUGGCUUGUAAUGUGUGGUGAGAGGACUCUGUUCAGAUGCUAAUAAGGCUGGCUGCACUUUUUCAAUUGAUUAUUAAGAUUGUAUAUGGUUGGAGGAUGAAACUCGUUGUGCUGUUAAAACUUGUAGUGUAGCCUCAAGUUCAUUGAAGACUCAUCAACAAUGUUAAGAUUACUUAGAUUAGUGUACAAAUAAGAUCGGAGGAGGUUGUGUAACCAUUACAACAUGCUAAUCAAUUUCAUCUCCAGAAGCUUGUAUUUAAGAUUAAAAUAAUGAGAUAUGUGUAUGGGAUAAGUCCAAUUAGAAGUGCAUUUAUUUGUCAUGUUCUUCUAUCUGUGGGGAUGGCGUAGUAGGUAACUAAGAACUCUGUGAUGAUGGUAAUAUACUACCUUAUGAUGGUUGUUACAAGUGCAGAUUCUAAUGUUAAUAUGGAUGUAAUUCAUGCAUAAAACUUAAUUGUUUAGAGUGUAAUUAAGGGUUUGAAUUAAGUUAAAAUGGAUAAUGUUUAGAAAUAUGUGGUGAUGGACUGAUUGUGGGUUAGGAAGAGUGUGAUGAUAUGAAUACUAUAUAAAAUGAUGGAUGUUACGAAUGCAGAUUUCAAUGUCAUUAAGAUUGUUUAGAUUGUAUUUUUGGUAUCUGUAACAAAUGUGCAUUCGGUUGGGAAGAGUACAAUAAAUAAUGCAGAUCAGUUUGUGGUAAUGGUUUGUUGGUGGUACCAUUUGAAUAAUGUGAUGAUGGGAAUACAGAUGAUGAUGAUGGGUGUAAUUCUGUCUGCCAAGUUGAAAAAGAUUGGGAAUGUGAGUAAUCAUAAUUUACUCAAAUAAGUGAAUGCAAAAUGAUCUCACAUCCUAAAAUCAUCUUAGAAAAUUUAUCUUAAAAGAGAGAGUCCUAAUAAAUCAUUAGGUUAAAGUUUAAUUAAUAAGUUAAACUCAAAUAGUACCUUAGAUUCGAAGAUUUCAUCAAAGUUAAUGUUACUAAUAAUGUUGAUUUUCAGUUAUUGAUCCAACCCAUUCUCGAAGCCUCUCUCUCCCUUCAGUUUGUAGAAUACAAAUUCCAAAUAACCUUGUUAGAAAAGGUUGAUUACCCCUAAGCUACCAUUCAAUUUAUCAACUCUAUUCUUGUUAAUUCAGAAAAAUAUGAACUUACUUAACUAAUGGAUACUAUUAAUUUAGGUACACCCUUAAUAUUGUCUCUUGAGUAAUAUUCAAGAUUAAAUAACACUAUUGCUUUUAACGAAAUUAUGAUCUAUGUCUUGAUUGGAUCCUCCUCUUUAUCCGUAUUAAUGGGAAAUUUGGACUUAUUUUUUAAUAUGCUAACACUACUUCAAUAACUUUCAUAUGUUAGGUACAUGAGUGUUCCAUUUCCAUCCCAUUUGGAUGCAUAUUUGAAAGUGUUUAAAGUAGUCUCUUUUUAACCGUUAUAUGAUAAAUUGAAUAUUGAUUCUCUCUUUCAAAGAUUAAACGUUGGCAAAGUGCCAUUUAUUAAAUCCAAAAACGCUCAGAAACAGGAUACUGAAUUCAAUAAUGCCUUUUUUUUAGUAAAUGCCAAAAGUUUCUACUUGACAAUGUUUUUAUCUAUAUUUUGUUAUGCAAUAGCUCGAAUUUAUAUUGGAUUAACUUAAUUCUUCUAUUAAAAAUUACUCAAAAUAAAAAAGCUAAGUUAACUUAGAAUGUUAAAUAAAAUAUUUAACUUACUUUAAUAAUUUUCUCUCAAAUCUUCUAAUUACUUCAUAUACUCAGGAUUAAUCAAAGUAUUCAUUUCAUCACAAUAUUAAUUGAUGUAUAGUGCAUAUAGUUAAUUUCCAGAAUAUUAAUUCCAAUUCGAAGUUGAAAGUCUAUUUGAAACAUUCAACUCCUUCAACGCUUUAAUUUGUAUGAUCAUACCUCAUAUCUUCUUAUUCAAGUCUGUUGUUGUCUUACAAAAACAAUACAACUCAGAGACUGUUAAUCGAUAUUCUAUUUUUUAUGAGAAUGUUAAACCAGACUAUUGGUCGAGAUUCUUUAUUCCAUUUACAAUGAUCAAAGUCUCCAUUUACAUGGCAAUUAUUUGCUUUUUAUAUAAUUCAGCUGUUAUUCAAUCAAUUUCAUUAAUAAUUUUAUGCAUUAGCGUUUGUUGUUAUCUGAUUACUGUACAGCCUGUAACUCAGAAGAUUGAAUUAUUUAGACUACUAAUAAAAGAAAUAACUUUUUUAUCAAUAGUCUCAUCCUUUUUCCCUUAUUGCUUGAAUUUCGAUGAUGAAAUAAUCAAUAUCUUAGGUUGGGUUCACAUUGGAUUGUUCACACUUAUAAUCACUUCUAAUGUAGCAUUAGAUAUAUUGAAAUAUAUUCUUGACUUCCGUUAGGCCUAUAAAAAAAAAUAAUUGAAAAUCAAACUAUCUCAACAACGUGAAUAUAUUAUAAAUGGACUCCAUUAAUUUAUAAAUGUGGAUAAUAGUUUCCAGAACAUUGGUAAUGGAUCCCUAUCUAUUGGUUAUGAAGCAUAAUCAAAUUAAUAAAGCUAAAUCCUAUCACUUCGUUGAGCUUAUUUAAAUAUUAAAUCAUAU